GCGAGUUAUCAAACUGCUCGACAACAGACCGAUGUGAGGAGAGGGGGUUACAGGGGGUUACUGGGGGAUACAGAGGGAGGCGAGGUGAGGGGUAGCGGGGAUACACACAGAGAGGGUGGUGGGGGUACCGGGGAUACAGAAAGAGGGGGUGGGUGGGGGUACUGGAGAUACAGAGAGUGGGGGUGGGGGUACUGGGGAUACAGAGAGAGAGAGUGGGGGGUGGGGGUACUGGGGAUACAGAGGGGGGUGGGGGUACUGGGAGGGAUACAGGGGGGUGAUGGGGGUACUGCCUUGGGGGAUACAGAGGGGGUGGGGGUACUGGGGAUACAGAGAGAGGGGGGUGGGGGUACUGGGGGAUACAGAGGGGGUGGGGGGGUACUGGGGAGGGAUACAGAGGGGGUGGGGGGUACUAGGGGAUACAGAGGGUGGGGGUACUGGGGAUACAGAAGAGGGGGUGGGGGUACUGGGGAUACAGGGAGAGAGAGAGGGGGGUGUGGGGGUACUGGGGAUACAGAGGGGGUGGGGGGGUACUGGGGAUACAGAGAGGGGUGGGGUACUGGGGAUACAGAGAGGGGGUGGGGGUUCCGGAGAUUCAGAGAGGGUGGGGGUACCGUGGAUACACAGAAGGGUACUGUGAAUACAAAGAGGGGUUACCGGGGAUACACAGAGGGGUACCAGAGACAAGGUGAAGAGGUGUAAAAAAAAAGGGAAAUAAACAUAGGAAGAUUAUAGAGUAUGGGCAGAUAAACAGUGGGGGGUAUGGGGAUAUUUAGAGGGAACACUUUGAAAUAGGGUCAGAGGUGGUAGAAGAUAUAUAAUGAAAGCUGAGAAAGAAAGAGUCUCAAGCAUUGGCCCAGGGAGUGAGACAAAUGAGAGAUCCAGGAUUGAUAGAGCCAUGUAUAUUAUACAGACCGAGGUGGCACAGAUAGCAUCACAUUCUGAGAGCCUGUGACAAAUAGUACACACCUAGCACACAAUGAACACAUUCAGGACCCCAAAUGCCUGAAAUUCCUCCUGCGAAAUACUAAUCCUACCAUUUUCCCCACUCAAAGAAAAUUUGAUGUUUUCUGUCAAGCCUUGACACCUGCUCCAUUUGUUUCCAAUGGAUUUGUUUAGGAACGUCACGGUUCAGCGCAGUUAAAGGCCUCGCUAUGACGAUCUACGAGGUUUACUCACACCCUGCCCUUCUAAGAUACAGAGCCAAGGUUUGCUCCGCAGCCACCCUAUUCCUUCUGAUUGUACUGGCUUUAACCUACAUCCCACCAUUAUUGGUUGCCUACAGGAGCCAAGGUGAGAUUCCACCCUCUUCUUGAAAAUGCAGAAAGACAGUUAAUGGCAAUAUAUUGUACUAACCUAUUAUUAUUUCUUUUAAGGUUUUUGGUUAAAGCAAAGUACAUAUCAAGAACAGCCCAAUGUUCGUUUCCGCUAUGAGAUCUUAUUGAUUGCUUCCAGCAGUACUAAUGGGGAUUUCGUGGCAUGGAGUACUUUCCCACAGUUUAACAGCUUGGUCGGUGACCGGCUUAGAAUGCCUCAAGUAUCGGUAAUGUCCACUGUUACUCAAGAUGAAUCACUUUCUCUAGGGCUCCCACCAUCUCCUGCUUGCCAUUUCUAGAACACUUACUAACAUAUAAAACCAGACGCUAGUAUACGGUAUAGUAUAGUAGCUGCAAUAUAACUGGAAAGGCACUUUUCACUGUAUCCUUGCAAUAAUGUAUCACCAACUAAAAUGUAGCUUGACAGUUUUCAAAAUGCCUUUACUGGUGACAGAAAAUAAGGGUAUUUCAAUAUAUACAUCCUCUAGCCCCCACUGCCCAAUGGCCUCUGCAGCCUUCACUUUAUAUCUUGGAAUGUGUAUUUGUAUUGCAGUCUCAUUCUAUAUACAUAUAUAUAUAUUGUGCUAAUUGCAGGCUAGAGAAGAAGACCAGAACAGUGAUGGGAAGAUGGACCAGUUAUUCUUCAAAUUAGAGCUUCCACUUCAGUCCACAGAGAAUGUCUACAGUGUGCAGCUUAUGCUAACCUUCUCAUAUCAGCUCUAUGUAAGUAUUCAGGGGCAGACAUUUACAUUGACCUCUGCACUCCAGUAAUUCACAUUCAACAGCAUUUAACGGAUUCAGUGGGCUUCACAGGUGAGAGCAGUACAUAGAUCCAUCUACAGAGGCAACAAGCCUCACAGGUUAACGCACAUUUGUAUGAAGGUAAGGUAGUAUUGUCCCUUUGUUACAGCACUGCAGGUACAAACAUCCUGCCUACCUGUUCUCAGAGGUGACCUUACAGAAUCUAGCAUCUUGUGUGGGCGUCACUGUGACAAAGAGAAAGUCCCAUGUUGAUUACAUAGAAACAUAGAAUGUGACGGCAGAUAAGAACCGUUCGGCCCAUCUAGUCUGCCCAAUUUUCUAAAUACUUUCAAUAGUCCCUGGCCUUAUCUUAUAGUUAGGAUAGCCUUAUGCCUAUCCCACGCAUGCUUAAACUUCUUUACUGUGUUAACCUCUACCACUUCAGCUGGAAGGCUAUUCCAUGCAUCCACUACCCUCUCAGUAAAGUAAUACUUACUGAUAUUUUUAAACCUUUGUCCCUCCAAUUUAAGACUAUGUCCUCUUGUUGUAGUUUUUCUUCUUUUAAAAAUAGUCUCCUCCUUUCCUGUAGUGAUUCCCUUUAUGUAUUAAUUUAAGACUAUGUCCUCUUGUUGUGGUAGUUUUUCUUCUUUUAAAUAUAGUCUCCUCCUUUACUGUGUUGAUGAGGAGAUUGCAUCUCCUGUAAUGCUGUAAGCCUGCCUAUAGUAUCAUAGCUUUGCUGCCAUACAUUCCAAAUAACACCUUCCAGACUGGACUCUCCUUCCCCUUUGUAAUGUAUUACAGAGGCAAUCCAUUCAAAAAAAUUAAACAUUGAAAAGAAAAACACCUCUGCUCUAAAUAUCCUUUGUUUGUUCACUAGGAACGAGGAAGAGGCAGAAUAUUUUCAACUGUCCCAUUGAUUGUAUAGCUGGGGUUCAUGGAUUGUGUACUUCCAGUUUCCUCAAGUAGAUUAAUGCAAACAAAAUACACAAACAAAGCUUCUAUGCAAGCUAAUAGAAGCAGUAAGAUGACUUAUUUUAAGAUUGUUAUAUUGGCUCUAAAAGAGCUUGAUGCUUGAAUGGCUUAGGUCUGUGGCUGGCCCUAAAUGCAGGUCUGGGAUCAUUCUUCAAGGUGGGGCAAAAGAAAAGUAUGUGGUGGAAUUAACUGUGCUUCUAGAGUUUCUGAACGCGUAUCUGUUUCCAUUUUCUGACGAAAUCUGAAAUCAAUAUUUAAAAGUGCACAUCUGAUCUUUUCCCACAAAGUUAUGUAAUUACAUUCUGGCAUUUCAAACACAAAUGAGAUUGAUGGAGAACUUAUGUCUUCCAGCGCAUGUCCACCAUUAUAAUGCAGAGCAUGAUAUUCAUCCAACACGCAUCACCGAUUCCUGGAGCUGAGCUGUAUAUCAAUGGUGACCUGAGACUCCAGCAGAGAGGACCUCUCGAACACCAGGGACUGGACACAACAUACAAUGUAGGGUUUUCUUCUCACUUUUAUUGUAGUAAAAGGGAAGGCAAAAUAAUGCCAGGCUCAUUUUCUAAAAAUCCAGUAUACAGACAAUUUAUUUACAGAAGGUGAAAGCUGGCAUGAUGGGCUUUACUAGGGACAUAAACACCAACAAACAAACGUCACUUAUGAAGGAAUGCUAACAAAGCUGGGAUUAUUACUAAAAGGGCUCGUCUCACUAAUAGAUCUAUUCACAGUGGAUCUAAAGAAACCAAUCAGUAAGGCCAUCAAUCUCCAAGGUGCCAGGAGGUAGCCUUCCACUUGGCUUCUCUGCCUAAAGAGCGUGUGUCAAUAGCUUCAAAUAACAAGAUGUUUCUUCUUCAUAUUAAGGCAGGAGAUAUAACGGCAAAACCUCACAAAAUGCAGUGUUUGCCUUCCCUUUAAACACAUGUAGAUCUGAUGGUUCAGAAAGUGUGCAGACUACCAUCUGGAGUCCAGAAAUGGUUGGGAGGGAGACUGUUCUCCUUUUCCGCUUGAUAGGAAAUUUAAAGGUUUAAACAUUAAUUUUAUGCCACUGUUUUGCCAACCUAAAUGACUGUGGUACUUUGAUUUUUACAGUAUCCCAUUGUUGAUGUUUUUUGGCAGGUAUCUGUCAUCAAUGGAUCAAGCCCCUUUGCAAAUGCAUAUCAGCUCACAAAUAUAAUCGCAGCUUACCAGCAGAGAAACCGUAAGGAAAUUUUAGCAUGGCUUUAUAAAAUAACUACUAAUUAGGAGUUGUUGAAUUAAGUUUUUAUUUUACCUUUACAUCUAAAACAAAAUGUUAUCAUUUUGCAGUGACUACUGUCUUGAACAACCCCAGCCAGGUGUGGCUAGUUGGAAGAGCCGAUGCCGAGCCAUUUGUUAUAAAUGUGACUAUCCGAUAUCCAGUGGAAACAAUUUCAUAUCCUUUAUGUAAUCUUUAUAAGUUGUACAUUUGUUCAACCAGGUGGGACAACAUGUUUUAUUGUACAGGGUCUAGUUUCCUCUAAUUAAGGUAUGAGUGCCUGACAUACAAUAUAUGUCUAACAGUGAGCAUACUUGGGACUAGGUGCCUUACUGUAUCCAAGGCUCACACUGCCACUGGAUGUUGUGGAUAACUGCGAGAGAACCACAUGCUUAUAUUGUAGCACUCUGCAUAAAGGCUUUGUCAAAUCAUAUUGCAUUGACAUCAGGAGCCAGAGUUUGCAAUCACAGCUCCAGGGCUAAUCAUCGUGUGACAGAGGCUGCUCGAUUUACCAAAUGGCAUUCAUAGUGACUGGCUGGUAAGUCCACUUUACCGAUUUCCACAUGCACAUACAUGGCCAAAGGACAUUCACCUUUCAGAGUGAGCAAUGCAAAAGUCAGUUACUCUCUGUUGAUUUAACAAGUCAGUAACGAGUUCAUAGUCAAUUGUGUAGUUUUCUUGGAUCAAUAAAAUCAAUCCUCUAAUCUCAGACUCCUUGUGAGUCUGAUGAGAUGUUUUAGCAUAUGACGUCUUUCCUCCUAUCACCAUGUACCUCCAACAUGGAUCACACAAGUAUUUGUUCAGUAUAUAGUGGUGAGUUUGGAGCUCAGGGAAAGGCCCUCUGAUUGCAACAUAUCCCACAGGAGUUUGAAAGGGGAUAUGAAAGUCGUGAUUUUCUUAAUACCAGACUUUUAAAAACCAAAACUCAUUAUUGAAUUUGAAGUAACAGAUAGGAAUUCGGAAAAGGAAAAAGGAAAUCUAAUUGUGAUGAAGCCUGAGGUUAUACAACAAUCAUUAAAGCAAAUGCUAAAAUUAUAUUUCACAUUAAAGAAACCCCCAAGUGUUUAUUGAACAGGAAGCACAAUAUAUAAAACUGAGAAGAGAAAAUAUUAAACUUUAAAAAUACCUAAUUUCAUCCAAAAGUGCUAGUCUGGGCCUUCUCUGCAUUGGCAGACAUACCAAGGAUCUGAAUACAUGUUUGUGCAAACAUGGAACAUUGGUCUGGUUUUGGGAAGCCCAUCUAAAAAUAAAGGAAGGCAGUUAGUGUCCCUGACUGCCCCAUCCACCUUAUCAAAUUUGGUAAGUUUUGGUUUGGAACAAAGAGUAAAGAUGUGGUAAGUACACCUGAUUUACCAGUUCCUUCUUAUUUCAAACAUGUGAAACUGAAUAUCUUACAGCUGACUGUGUACAUGGUAAAUUAGAUGUUACGGUCUCUUAAAAAGAAAUAAAACAUCUUAUUGGAUAAUGGGUAUUAAAGCAGCAAUCCAGACGCAUUAAGCUCCACAUUGCAAAUGGAAGUGGCUGGUGCGCUGUGCUAGAGUGCCCUGUACUCAGGUUAAUUGAGAAACAUAGGAAAGCCAUGAACAGGCGCACACUUGUGGCUCCAGCAGAGAGGCGUCUCAGUGAGAAGCAUGUGAUUGCUGAAUUUCCUGGCACAAACUGAGCCAGGGAUAAAGGGGAGGGUUUGCAGAAGAUGCAGACAGCAGGUGUACAUAUGUGCAUAUUUUCUUCAGGGGAAUAUCAAAGAUUGCUAAUAUACUUUCAAUUUAAAUAGAUUGUGGCCACAAGAUCUAAACAAUUUUAUUUAACAUUUGUAUUAUUUUCUUAAGAUAUGCUCAGUUACAGUGUCUGGGUUUCUCUCCGAUUUUCCGAUGUAAAAGUUUCAUUAUGUAAAUACCGGUUUGAUGCAUAUCUGAUGGUUACAUUUUAUAUAUAUUUGUGGGUUUUUAACUGAACUGAUCAUUCAGAAUGGUGUUAUAGUAUAUACAGGUUGCCCGAGUUUAGGUACAUGUGUAAUAUAUUCCCCUUAUUAGGGUGGCUUUUAUAUUCUAUAAUUGCGGGCAAACAUUAACAUUAUUCUGCAAGAUUUUUGCAUUCAAUGCUAAUAUUUCUCUUUGUAUAAACUUCGGUAAAAUGGGCAUAAUAUGCAGGAGGUGAUCUAUGUUUUUGGAAUAAUAAUACUUACGGCUUGCAAUAGGCAGUUUUUCCAUCUUUCCUAUCCCAUAAAGCCCUGUCCAUCAAAAGAAGAUUUAUCUUUGGAUUCUUGGAUUCGUAUAUAGCCGAAGCAAUUAUUUUUCUAUAGUGUAAGCUUUAUUCCCUACACUUGCUAUUCAGUGAUUAUCCCCCGCUCCCCCCAUUAGUUUAGGAUUGCAGGAUAUGGCCAAUCUGUGUGGCACACAUGUUCUUGUUGUCUUCGGGCCAAUGUUUUGGCUAUUGCUGUUUAGUAUUCUUCAGCCGUACCAGAUAUCCAACUAUGUUCAGACAGAAUGCUUUCCAUUUCCUGCCAUUUCCAUGCCACGUGUGAAACUUUCUGCAUUCUCUCUAGAUUUCCUUAACCAGUGGCACGUAUCAGCCAGGCUUCUGGGAAAUGAUCAAGUUUGCCUGGAUUCAGUAUGUAAGUGUCCUCCUUAUCUUCCUCUGGGUGUUUGAAAGAGUUAAAGUGUUCGUUUUUCAAAAUCAAGUUUUAACAACGAUACCAGAGCGGAUGCCAUCUGCAAUCAAACCUCAUCAGAGCUGAGCGGCCGCAGGGCUGCAGUUAUUAUUUAUGAAAAGGGAUGCGGGUGUUUGUCUAUAUGAUUAAGCCAAACUUUUUAGAAGAUAAAGCAGGGAGCAGCUGUUUUAUAUGUAUUGUACUUUGCUAUCCUCAAACACGAGAUGUGUAAUAAAAGGAAAUAAAGGCUCUCCCACAGAAAGGGAUUAUUCACUAAGCAGAGAAUUGUGAAACACUGGCAAGAUUUAUCUAUAUUGUAAACAAACCUCCAGGAUGGCUUCAGCCUAAGAUAUUCAACAGAGUCUGUUCUCCAUAAUUCACCACUUGAGGAAUAAAUCCCAAACACACCAUCAGUGCGUGAAAAUACUUAUGGUUAAAACAAAAACAGAAUUUACAGUUCAGGGAGGCUGACAUUGUGUAAUCUGGUGAUACACAGCAAACACUUCUCCAAUAUGUGUUUUAUAUCUGACAGCAAUUCACGUCACUGUGCCUUUAAACCCUUAAGGACCAAACUUCUGGAAUAAAAGGGAAUCAUGACAUGUCACACAUGUCAUGUGUCCUUAAGGGGUUAAAAAAGAUGGGGUUUUAUGUCACGGAUAGUGGGAAGGUAUCCAUUUACCAUUCAAUACCAGCAAUAAAUAGCUGAGAGAUCAGUCAUCGCUCUUCAAGCUUCAAUUCGGCAGCCAUAUUGGUUUGAUUGGCAUAAUUAGGCCUGGCUCCUAAUUGUACUUCAUGAUUUGGUGGAAGUUAGUAUGUCUUGUUAGUCCAAGAAAAGGAAUUAAGAGGGUAAAUUAAUGCUGGGGAUCAAAUUUAAGCCCCUAUUAGUUGUCUGACUACAACUCCCAUAAUCCCCUGUCAUGUUUUGGAAAUCAAAAUAGUUGGAGACCAGAGUUUAAACCCCUUCCAUUAAUCCCUCCUCAUGCCAACUCCUCCGUAAGCUGUCAUGAGAUUGUAACAAACCCCUCAGAUCAGUGACGUGCAUUAGUAAAUGUGGGUGGCCUUUGCCUAGAAUGUAAGCAAUUGGAAUGAUGUCAGAUCCCUUUAAUCAUGUAUGCUCCUUGUUUUGUUCUACAACAUCCCAAACUGUAGCUUCUCAGAUGCCAAUCAGUCCCAGGCUACGGAGUAAAAACCCUGGCCAGUACAUAUUAUAGAUUUAAGAUCAUUUUAGUGACCAGCAAGUACUUUGCCUAAUUACCUUAUGUUUGAGAGAAACCUGAUUUUUGCUAAACAGCUAAAUUAUUGUAAAUUUUGAUGCAAGGAUUGAAUAAGACUUUUUGUACACAUUUUCUAUCAUUUUUGUAAAUAAAUGAAAUAUUCAGUUUCAA